AUGCAAAUGAAUGGCAUGACACGGGAUGGAAUGCGAGCGGCAACAUUCCGGCUCUCCGCUGAGGAUCCAUCCUGCGAAAAGUUUUCAAAUGGAACAAUUUCACCAUCAGCAAAAAGUGAGGAAAAAGAGAUCUCAAAAGUUGAGGAGUGGUCGCAGCACGACCAGAGGCUCUUCGAAACUGCGCUCCAGCAAUUUCCCAAAGGCACUGCUGACCGGUGA